AAGACCAGUUCUCUGGCUUCCUAGUUAUAACAACCCUCCUAUAUAAACCCAUCUAAUCCAACGGUCAAGACCAGUUCUCUUGCUUCCUAGUUAUAAUAAGCUAGGGUUUAGGUCGCUUUCUUCAAAAGAGGGGGAGAGAGUGAAGCAAAACGUAAAAAGGUUGCUAUAAUGGCGUUUCUUACCAAAAUGGGAAAUAUGCUCCGGCAGACGGCUAGCAGGCAGAUGGCUUCUGAGAUUUCUGCAUCUAGACCAUCCAUCUAUCAAGCAAUGAGAUGCAUGUCAUCUUCAAAACUUUUUGUUGGAGGUAUUUCUUUCCAGACAGAUGACAACAGUCUGAAAGAGGCUUUUGAUAAAUAUGGCAAUGUUGUCGAAGCAAGAAUCAUUAUGGAUCGUGAAACUGGUAGAUCCAGAGGGUUUGGAUUUGUUACUUACACUUCUAGUGAGGAGGCUUCUAGUGCCAUCCAGGCCCUGGAUGGACAGGAUCUUCAUGGUCGCCGUGUUAGGGUGAAUUAUGCAACCGAACGGCCACAGCGUACCUUUAACAAUAAUUAUGGCAGCUAUGGUGGUGGAAAUUAUGGUGGAGGAUAUGGCACUGGUGGAGGAUAUGGAUAUGGAACUGGUGGAGGAUAUGGCACAAAUGAUGGUGGUAACCAUGGUGGAAGAAAUGCAACCUAUGGUGGUAAUGAUGGUAAUUAUGCUGGUCAAAACACUUUUGAUGGAGGUGCUGGGAAUUAUGGCAUUGCUGGUGGAGUUGGAGGCAGUGAUAGUUAUGCUAGCACCAAUGCUGAUGGUGGAUAUGAUGGAAAUGCUGGGUUGGGGUAUGGCAGCGGCAAUCAGUUUGGUGCCAAUGACAGUAGUGGUGGUGGUUUAAACCCAGAUGAUGCAUUGGAUGCAAGUUACAAGGACGAAGAUGAUGCUGGCGACUUUGCCAAAAGGGCAUGAUAGGAUUCUGUUUCAGUAGGAGGCUGUUGAACUUGCAUACUAAAGUAAAUUGUUUUGUUUUUCUUCUCUCCCAUGCUCUUUGAACUUUGUCAUGCUACCUGUGUUGGGUUUGGUUCUGUGAAGAACAACUUAAUGAGUGUUUUUCUUUGUAAGAAACAGAGCUGAUUAGAAAAUAAUUUCAGUUUCUCUCUUCAGCUGUCAA